GAAUAAUGAUGCCAAUAGAAGCUUCCCUUUGAAAAUUUGUCAAACUCAAUGGCCAUCAAUUUGAUUAUAUAUGAUACUUAAAACCAAUUCAUCUUCAAAUUCUCUGGCCUCUCUCUCUUUUCGAAAAUGAUGCCUCCCCCUUGGUUCAUCUCGAUCUUAACCAUGAUCCUGAGUCUUGCCCCGAAAUCUAUGUCAGCCAAUGAUGAGAAUGCUUCAAGCUGCAGUGCACGAAUCCAUUGUGGAGACAUUCAGUACAUUGGUUAUCCUUUCUGGGGAUUGGAUCGACCAGAAAGUUGUGGCUACCCUGGUUUUAGGAUGAACUGCAAUGACGAUAACCCAGAGAUCUCAAUCAUGGCAGCCACAUAUCGAGUCCUUCAUAUUGAUACAUCUUCACAACUCCUCCAACUAGCUAGAAUGGAUUACACCGAAAGUAUAUGUCCCACGUAUCUCCUCAACUCCAGUUUUUAUUCAACCCCCUUUGCAUACAACAGGGAGAGUACCCUGGAUAUAUGGCUGUUUUACGGUUGUCAGCCUCUGACAGAUGUACAAAAUAACUCUACAUCGACUCGCGGGAUUUCUAGUCAAUUUGAGUGCACAAUAAACGAAACAAAUAUCAUAGGUUAUUAUUUGACGAGAAAUGUCAGUGAAACGUCCUUUGACACCGUCAUACGCAAUACCUUGGGAUCUUGCAAUUACAGUGUGAGUAUUCCAGUAAUGAGUUCAGAGGUUCCAUCAUUGGAAGAGAUUAGAAAUUUAGAUAUUUUAGAAGAAGCGCUUAGCCUUGGUUUUGAGCUGCGUUGGUAUGCAAACGAUUCCAUGUGUAAGUCAUGCGAAGACUCUGGUGGGCAGUGUGGGCACGAUCUCAUCACAGCCGAAUUUAUAUGUUACUGUUCAGAUGAAUCUUAUCCCCGCGAUUGUCGUCUAACGCCGCAAGGUACUUACACCUCCCUUGUUAACUCUUAAAAUCAUUCAUUGGAUUUUAGUCUGCAUCGAUUUAAUCAAAUUCAAUUGAUUCAAACCGGUUGAGUUUAUCGGUUUUCUAAGUUUUUAAAAAAUAA